AUGCAUCAACUCCUUCACGAGAGCCUCCUCAGUCAGUCAGAUGACCCCCAAGAGGACUGUCCCCUCUUCCGUAUUCUUCCAGGCGAGAUCAGAGACAGCAUCUUCUGUUACGUUCUGACGGACCAUCCGGACCCGGACCCGUCAAAUCAAUUCAGCGACAAAACGUGCUAUACUCGUCCUUCAUGGAAAGCAGACCAGUCAACCGAUACCCGAUUACUCCGUACAUGUCGCGCCAUUUAUCGUGAGACAUGGUUCAAACCGUUUCUCUUACGAGAGCAUACGCGAUGGUUAUCGUCGCCAGACCGUGCCCCACCUUCUAGGCACCAUCCGCCUCCGAUGAGCAGAAUGCUCAAACGAAUUGCGGAUCAACAAGGCACAAACAACGUCGAGAUUGAGAGGCUGAGGAUCUUUGCGCAGAUGUACAAGCUUGAGGAUGGCGAGCUCAAGCGCCUCCUCAACUCGUCGUAUCUUGCGCCCCGCAUCGUGACGCUGACCAUCCGUCACACUGAUUGGUGGUUUUGGGAGGACGACGAGCCCCUUCGCUUCGAGGCAAAUUGGAUCAAGGGCGUUGCCAGUGUCUUGUCAUCCAGCACGAACCAGUUCUGCUUUGAGCUGGAGUCCUUGAAGAGGAAGAAGGACCAGGUCGACAAGAUCGCGGCGCAGAUGAUCAAGAAGUGGUAUUUCAAGCGCAAAGACGGUGUUGUUCUUUAUGCGGCCACCACGAAACAAAGCCAGUGGAGUGGUUCGAGCACUUGGAAUAACCAACGCUGGGUUCGUGAUGAGACCGAGGAUGGAAUGCUCGAUUAUUACAUCGUCACAGUCACGUUCCUUCCCAAAAUCGAGAUCGAGCGAAAGGGCGGCAGCGUUAGCGACACUGCUUUCAAUGCUGCACAACAAGGCUCUUUCGACGAAGAAGAGAUGAAACUUCAUCUUCCCGGCCAAAGUCGUAUGGAAGUCGCUCGCCCUUACCAGGUGAUCGCACGGGUAUGGGAUGGCCGCCGGAAUACGCCUCGAAACAGACGCAUCAACCCUAACACACGUUUCUCGGAGCUGGAUGAUGUGCCGAUCAUUCCCGUCAGAAGUGCCAGUUCGGGGACUCAACAAUGA